AUGGAAGGUGGGCCAGUUCCAGCCGUGCUCGAGCGUGGACGGAGAUAUGGAGAAGUGAUCUACCAUACCCGGAACGUAAUGGCCUACUACUACGCUGGCUGGGUAAGUACCUAUUCUUUCCACCAAGCUAACGGUUUUGAUGACCCAUCCAUUUCAAACAGCACUCCUUUCAAUACCGAACAGGCUGUCCAGCAAUGUAUCGAUGCUGGAGUGAUUGCUGAUAAGAUUGUCUGCGUUAUGCCCUUGUACGGGCGAUCUUUCAUCGGUACUGAUGGACUGGGAAAGCCGUUCACCGGUGUCGGGAACGGAUCCUGGGAAGCAGGGGUCCGGGACUACAAGGAUCUGCCGCACCAUGGUGUCAAAGAAUAUGUGCUCGACCGUGCAAUUGCAAGCUAUAGCUAUGAUCUGACCGUGAGGAUGUUGACUAGCUAUACCCCGCGAUCCAUGGGGCAAAAGGUUCACUAUAUCGCUUCAAGGGGCUUGGGCGGGGUGAUGUGA